AUGAUGUACGGAUCGGAGACUUGGGCAGCACCAUCAACGGUUAUGGAGAGGCUUGACUGCACGGAACGAAAGCUGCUUAGACGGCUACUCGGCUACUUUUGGCCUAGGGUAUGUCACAAUGAAGAUCUUUACGCAGAAAUUGAUGUGGUAUAUCGGUGGGUGACACGAGGGAAACAUCAACAUCUUGCACCGGAAGUGGCUAAAGUAAAUCGUCUUCACUUUUUUGGUCAUAUAUUAAGGAGACCGGUAGAUCGGCUUGUUCAACGAGUUCUGAGGAGUUCGUCGGGUUCGAGCUGGAAGAAGCCACCUGGCCGAAAACGGAAGUUCUGGACUGAGGCAGUGCAAGAGGACCUGAGGACACUCGGCGUGGAAAGGCAGUUCAGGCGAGACGUAAGGUUUCGCAGAAUAUGGAAUAGCGACGAAUGGAUUGAUUCUGUGCAAGUUCUCGCAGAAGAUCGAGAAGGUUGGGCAGAGCUGUGUUCAAGGACGGCACACCUCGGCGAAGAGCGGGUAAUCGCAUCAGGCGAUGACAUCAUUAAGUCAAGUAAGUCAAGUCUGGUGUCCUGUACGUAA